AAGAGGCGGGGCCCUUCAGGUAUGUGCAUCUACAACUAGGGCUCGACUGGAAACGUAUUCCCACUGAACGCAGACUUCCGGCGGAAGGGAAAGUGGGUUCUGCUCUCUGCCCGAAUGGGCUCCGGCUGUCUCCCGUGUGAAACUUGCUUAUCUGAGAAGGCACACUUCCAAGGACAGGGAUGGCUUUUGAGCAGACACUCCAAAAGGAUUGGUACAGCAUUCUGGGAGCAGACCCGUCUGCAAAUGUGUCAGACCUAAAACAAAAAUAUCAGAAACUCAUAUUACUGGGUGGAGCACUUGGGGGAAUUCAAGCCAGUGUGCUCAUUUCACUAAUAUGGCAGAAUGGUCAAUUAAUAGAAGAAGAGCAGGAGAGCGUUGACAGAGCACACCACCUAAUUACUACCGAAUGCCUUGGUGGCCACCAGGAGCUGCAGUAUCAUCCAGAUAAACAAAGUACAGAUGUACCAGCAGGAACCAUGGAUGAACGUACACAGAAGUUCAUUGAAAUUGAUCAGGCAUGGAAAAUUCUAGGGAAUGAAGAAACCAAAAAAAUGUAUGACCUGCAGCGGCAUGAAGCUGAGCUAAGACGUAUGGGGCCAGUAGAUGCACAGGUGUACCUUGAAGAUAUGUCCUGGAACAAAGAUGAUGAAUCUUUCUCUCUGACCUGCCGAUGUGGUGGAAAAUACACUGUCUCUAAGGAUGAAGUAGAAGAAGUGAACCUGAUUUGUUGUGAUACGUGUUCACUGAUUGUAGAACUCCUUCAUCAGCAAUGAACUGUGCAUUCCUGCGAUCCUUUAACACUGAUCCAGCAUGUCCAGAGGCCACUCAGUUUCAAGGAGACAGAUGCUUUCUUACUAGCUGUAUAAUUUACUAAGAUAAUAUAAGAUCUUCAAGCAAAGACCACUUCAGAUUAACAAAUUAAUUCAGUUGUUUACAUGUAUAAUUACAGGAUAUCACAAAAAGGACUUGGAAUAUACUUCUGGAUUUUUACCUGA